AUGCCCCGUGCUUCCCAGGCCUUUGUGGCUUCCGAAGGCACACGCACCUUGCUUUUCACACCCGAGUUGCCCAGCCACGUGCCGGGCAGCUCUCCCAUGCCAUUGAAAGGUUGUGCCUGCAGCAGCUACUCCCCCCCAGAGUGGCUCUCGCCGAGGCCCCCAGCGAGCCCGGAGCCCGGGACCCUCCCAAGCCCUGCCCCCACCCGGGCGGCCGAGCCCACCUCCCCAGCCCGCGGCUGCGCUCUGGGCCCCGCGCGCCCCGCCCCCACCCGAGUUCUGCACCGCGGGGCGCCAGCCCGGACCCCGCCGCUCCCCACCCUCCCGGCAUCCCGGCGCAUCGGCGAGAGGCGGAGCCGGAGCCUGGGCUGUGGGCUCCAGGCCCUGGUGGACGAUACUGAGGAUGUGUCCCUGGACUUUGGUAAUGAAGAGGAGCUGGCCUUUCGGAAAGCCAAGAUCAGGCACCCGCUGGCCACCUUUUUCCACCUGUUUUUCCGGGUGAGUGCCAUUGUCACCUAUGUGUGCUGCGAUUGGUUCAGCAGAAGCUUCGUGGGCUGCUUUGUCACCGUGCUCCUCCUCCUGUCCUUUGACUUCUGGUCUGUGAAGAAUGUAACCGGGAGACUCCUGGUGGGCCUCCGCUGGUGGAACCAGAUAGAUGAAGAUGGGAAAAGCCACUGGAUUUUUGAAGCCAGAAAGGCCUCUCCGAAUCAGAUCGCUGCCACAGAGGCUGAAGCUCGCAUCUUCUGGCUCGGCCUCAUCAUCUGCCCGCUCAUUUGGAUCGUGUUCUUCUUUAGCACCUUAUUCUCCUUGAAGCUCAAGUGGCUGGCCCUUGUGAUAGCUGGGAUUUCUCUCCAAGCUGCUAACCUGUAUGGCUACAUCCUUUGUAAAAUGGGAGGUGAGAGUGACAUCAGCAAAGUCACAGCCCGUUUUCUGUCCCAGACAGUGUUCCAGACGGCCAGCCCAAGCGACUUCCAGAAGCCUGGCCUUGAGGGGCUGGAGAUUCACAAGCAUUAG